ACAGGAACCUAGCGUGUCCAGGUCUUGUUAGUGGGAAGGGUAAUGGGAUUACAGUCACAGGUUGCAGUACUCUGAUCGCGUAAUCACGUGCUCCCCCACAGACGUUAAACCGCAGGCCCCGCUUUAUCAUUCCUCAAGAUCAAACACAGUCUGGAGAGUCACAUCCUUGCAGGCGCCUGUAUACACACACGGCAACACAAAGAAAGGGCUGCCAGGAUGCAUGCACACGCACGAACUAACGAUUCAGAUGCGCAUACAAGAUGGGUUACUAGCGCAGAGACGGAGAGGAGAGGGGGAGGAGGAGUGGGGGUGUCGAGCGAACCCUCAUCGAUCUGACAGGAGGGGGAGAGUGUGGGGAGAGAAAACGCAGCGCCUGGCUGCAUCUUUAUCCUAGCAGACCCCUCUCUCUCUCUCUCUCUCUCUCUCUCUCUCUCUCUCUCUCCUCGUCUUUCUUCCAGCUGAUGCUGAAUGCUGGAGGUGAAGCGGUCUCUCUCUCUCUCUCUCUCUCUCUCCCCCUCUCUCCGCUCGUCAUCCCGUGAAAAUCUGGACGGAUUGACAGAGGAUUGGGAUUUUAGACAAUGGCUGCUACUUGAUGACAGCGGGAGGAAGCUGUGAGUUGUAAAGAAAACUAGCCGAAAGAAAGAAAGAAAGUGGACAAAAUCCAAGACAGUGCACAGUAACGCAGAGAGAAACACAACAACUUCCAGCGCUGUCCUCGGGUCGGUCUGCGGGGAGCUCUGGGUCUGUUGACACUGAGGUGUGAAACACGCCUUGACGUUGGUCAGAGAUGGAGUUCCAAGAUGACAUCCUGCUGGCAGAGCUGCAGAUCUACAAUGACUCGUUUUUCACAAACAACUUCAACAGCACCUACAACGAGACCGACGCCUUACUGCCGACGGGGGUGAAGGUCACCAUCGUAGUCGUGUACAUGAUCGUCUGUGUCAUUGGCCUGGUGGGAAACUUCCUGGUCAUGUAUGUCAUCAUAAGAUACACCAAGAUGAAAACAGCCACUAACAUCUACAUCUUUAAUCUGGCUCUGGCUGACUCUUUGUUCCUGGCUACUUUACCUUUCCAGGGCACUGAUGUGUUUCUGGGCUUCUGGCCGUUUGGCAACGCACUCUGCAAAGCAGUGGUGUCUAUCGACUACUACAACAUGUUCACUAGCACCUUCACCCUGACAGUGAUGAGCAUGGACAGGUACGUGGCCGUCUGCCACCCUGUCAAGGCGCUGGACAUGAGGACCCCUCACAAGGCUAAGGUGGUGAAUAUCUGUGUGUGGGUGUUGGCCUCUGCCUUUGGUGUCCCAGCUAUGGUCAUGGGAAAUGUAGAGGAGGAACAAGAGCAUAACAGUGUUGAAUGCAUCGUGGUUUUACCUGAACCGAGGAGUCACUGGGAUCCCGUCUUUGGCACCUGUGUCUUCCUGUUCUCCUUCCUCAUCCCUGUGGCCAUCAUCAGCAUCUGCUACAGUCUGAUGGUCAAACGCCUGCGCAGCGUUCGCAUCCUUUCUGGCUCCAAGGAAAAGGACCGCAACCUGCGGCGCAUCACCAGGAUGGUUUUGGUGGUGGUGGCAGCGUUUGUCGUCUGUUGGACCCCCAUCCAGAUUAUGGUCCUGGCUCAGUCCCUGGGCUUCAACCUGAGCAGCUUGUUCACACUGGUGCUGAUGCACUUCUGCAUCGCGCUGGGCUACGUCAACAGCAGCUUGAAUCCUGUGCUCUACGCUUUCCUGGAUGAAAACUUCAAGCGCUGCUUCCGUGAGUUCUGCCACCCAUCUCCCUUCCGCCUCGACACUCAGCAGUCAGGGAGGAUGAGGAGCAUCGCCAGGGAGGUGGCAGCUGCCUACAGCUGCAAGGCUGGAGAUGGCGGGGGGCAUGGUGGAGGGACGCCUAAUCCAGCAUGACUAGGCGUGGAGCUCCCCUUGGUGGGGGUGGACCCCCAACAAAGGGGAGAGAACCAUGGGACAGGGAACUCCAACACAGAAUUGACUCAGAUCACGGCUCUCUAGCGGCACGAGCCCUCUCGCCCCCCAACAAGGAGACUGGCCUGGGGCGGGGGGGAGGCAGAUGAGGAGGAUGGCAUCGAAAGGAAAAGAAUUUAGAAUUAAGGAUGGAAGUACAUACAAACAUAGCACCCAUAGGGUUGUAUGGGUGCAGGGAAAUUGGAAAGUAAGGGCUGUGGCUAUCUGUGCUCGAUGCUCGAUAUGGAAGAGUAGCCAACACACAGCACUAGACUGAAAGGACUAUGGCCUUCCACAACUCCACAACAUGUUGAGAGAAAGUGAUAAAAUAUUUCAACACACAUGGUUGGAAACUUUAACUAGAGAUAUGGGUGUUUGAAAAUGAAUGAGGCAUUUCUCAAAAGAGGACUCUGUGAGUGGGCAUGGAAAGGCAGGAGUUGGAGCAAGUGUAUAAACAGCGGGGGAUUAAUCGGAGAAGCUCCAGAUAGCCAGUGUUUGAAACCACCAUGCACUAAACUGGUGGUUGUAGAAAAAUCAUGAACAGCAUUUAAAGCACGGACUGUGGCUAAAAUAAGACUAUGGACUACAGACUUCUCAAAGUGUGAAAUGAGAAAAUGAGAACACAUUCAGUACAAUUUACCAGUCAAUGUUUCAAUGUAAAAAACAAAACAAAACAAACAAAAAAAAAACUUUGUAUUGUGGCUGGUGGGUAAAAAUGCCAGUGUCCUAUACUGAUCUCAGUUCGGACCACUGUUUCUGUGGUUUUAGUGAUGUCUACAUGAUGGUGAUAUGCUGCAGAGCUCAUGAUGGGCACGCAAAGUGUAAUGUCAUAUUUGUGUAGACAGGAAGUUGGAUGUAAAAGAACAAUGUGUGUCAAGUUCCUCUUGAAAGAUAUUUCUUAAACUGUGCAUUUGGACCCAGAGUAAUGGGUCUUAUGAAUGUUAUUUCUCAUAGGAGCAACAUUUUUCAGUGUAUCCUGAAACAACUAAACCUAAGAAAUACUGUAUACGUUUCUUAAAGUGGUUUCUGAAAAUUUUCUAUGAUCACAAGCGGGGUCGGAGAUGGGUGGGAAGGAUUACAACCUCAAUGGACAGCAAAAACUGUACUGGGACAUAGACCUAUAAUUCUUGUGGUCUUUUAGGACACAAACUGAACAUCAGUGCCUGUUUGUGCUGGUGGGUCCCACACAAGAAAUGUAAGUGAUACUCCAUCCAAGGGCAAAGCUGUAUCCAUAUCAAACUUGCAGCUAGAACUUAAAGUUUGCCAUAAGAAAUCGUAAUGUGACCUGGAUAAAAACAGUUCAAAAGCUGUUUCAAGUGCGUGAUGCCUUAGAAAACAUCUAACAACAAGGGCGAGACAUGUCAUUUGUGAGACCUCCUGAACUUGAACAAACAUUGUCUUCAGAAAAGUCUUCAGAAACAUGCUUACCAGAUGAAAGUAAGAUAAUCUAAUGAGACACAGAGCUGGUUAGUAUUACUAUGGUUUCUUGAAAAGUCAAAUAUUAGCAUCUUCAUUUGAACAUCUUCUAAUAAUCAUGAGUCCAACUCAGAGACCAAUAGAUAAAAAAAUAAUUUCAUAGUAAAUGGAACCCAAAGGGAACUUCAUACAAAACAGAAUAGCCAGCAUAUAAAAAGAACUCUAUGGUUUAAAUACUACAUUAGCAUUAGCAACCUUAAAUUAUGACCAAAACAACUAAUUAGGAUGACGUCUGAUACAGACAGAGGUUAAAAGAAACCCAGCCUUUGAUAACAAAGGAAAGAUAAGCCCAGACAAACCAUUGAAAAUACCAUGAGCAAGCUUGGAGUUUAUACUUCAGUUUCCACUGAAACCUGUCAUGGUAAUUUAGGCAUUUUCGAUACAAGCAGAGUGAACAUAACAGAGGCAAAAUAAUCACAGAUGUUUUGAAAAUGAAACAUCUGGGUGUGCUGUUUUUUACCAGGUCUGCAUUUGCUGUCAGGUGUUGGGGUUUCAGCGGUGAAGCUGAUCUGGUCAGAGGUUGAGCUGGGGCUUAAGAGCAUUUCUGGCUUUAUGCUAUUUGUAGGUGGGGUGGGUAGAGGUGCAACCUUUGGCAUUAUCCAGUAGCGUAUGAGCAACGCGCCAAGUCACGUCGCGUGUGUCGAUUCACACCAUGUAAACUCAAUGAAGGGCCGCCUACUCCUUAACCUUGCUUAUAAAAUUUGUUGCCAUGACACACAAAAUGUGCCUGAAGUGGCGUGCAAUUUAUACGCAGUUCUGUGAUCACAUAACCAUUGGAGUCAUUUUGACUCCCAGCACCAUGGUGGCGAAGUAGGAGGAAGGGGUCACAGUGCUCUGACCCCACUCCAAGGGACAAAGGGGCUCUCUCUCUCUUCUUAGUGUCUUAAAGCGGAAAUCAGCCCUGAAACAGAAAUCACAUAAUGUCUUCUCCUGAUCCUGGACAGUUUCAGAAACCAUAUUUUGAUCUCAUAACAAUAUAUUAGUAAAUAUGAAGCUCACACAAAAUAUAAUAUGAUACAGGUGUGACUCGUUAAAUUCUGAGUCAGUCACUCAGUUUCUGAGGAAACAUGUGAUUCAUCUACUGAUCUAAACUUUUAUAGUGCAUUGUUUCUGUUGCCAGUUGUUGAAAAACACUUUUCUUGUGUUUCAGAGUCAAUGAUGGUUUCUGUAAAUUGUUCAGCUGUCAAGAGUUUGCAUGUGUAUUGUCUUUUAGGCUUGGUAUCCCUUUUCAUUUUAUAUUUGUGUCUUCACUUAAUUAGUUUCAUCCAGAUGUCUUUACUUGUUCUUCUUUCACUCCUCUCAUUGAACAGAAGGAGUGUCAGGACAGCAGCCGUGUCCACAUAGUGGUAUGGAUCGCUGGAAAUUGUCUUAUUUGUACAAAGCGAUUAGUUUGCUGCUGUUGCAGCCCAAUUAAACUCCUCUGCAUUCUCUUGAGUUAGUGUUUUCAUUCAAGAAGAACAUUUAUAUGAACUUACAUUGCCUUAAAUAGCAAGUGAAGUCUUUCAGUGAAGCUCUCUGGCUGGAUAAAAUGUGUUCUAGUUUUUAAUAGUGCUUCGCUGUUAGUUUAUAGUAGUGUAGACCGGUAUUCAUAAACUCUGAGAGGACAGUCCAUCAGGCCAAAGAAAAAAAUAAGGUUGAGUUUGUGUUUCUCAACUUGAAAAUUGAGUGCGGUUUAAACAGUGUUUUUUAAACAGGCUGUACUAUAGUGCCAUUACAUCCAGUAGCACUUUCAUUCACAGCACAUUUGCUCAAUUAAGAUUAAAUAUCCUUGAAGGCUUCGAAUAAUCAUUUAAUAUAUAUUAGAAUAUAUCGUUAUUUGCCCCAUUCCAUGAAAUACAUAUAGUUAAAACCUUAACUUCCUAAUAAUUCAUUUUAUACAAACAAAACGUUAUUUUAGACUACUAUGUCUGAACUUCAGAUUUUCCUCUUCACUGCUUCACGCGUCCCAGUCAUCAGGUCAACCUUGGUUUUCAAAUCUUGUCUGCUCUAUUGUCUCUCUCUUUUUGUCAGUGCACUCAAGUGUCCAAUCGUGCCUGCAAAGCAUGAGACUUUCUUUCAUUUCAAGGUUUGGAUUUGAGUUCUAGAAGCUAAAGAGAAAUCUGGGGAAAGCUACUGGCCAGUGACAUAGAAAUGGUAUCCCUGAUGUCUGACUGUCCUGUUCUGAGGAAGUUCUAUGAAUACUGGUCGUUCUUUUGAACACCCUAGCAGACUUUGUGUAGGAAAAAUAGCCGGAGCAUCAAGGACACCGGCUUUGACGUGAUUCAUUGUUCUGAAGACGUGCUAUGACGCCGCUGUGAGGCUCUUUGUGCUUAAAUGUCACUGUUAGAACUGAAGACGCAACGAUUUUCUAUUACUGUUUGGUGUAUUUUUGUAGCGCAAAACUACAUAGAGAGGACUCGGAGAGGGUGAAAUAUUUCCGUUUUAAAAAGCAGAGUCAGCCCAAUUAUACCGUCCAUUAGCUCUGUAUAGACACUUUGUUUAAUUAUUACUGUUAUGUAAAAGUAUAGGAUUGAUUCUCAUUUGACAUCAGUCUCUUUCUCUCGUCGUCCUGUGUUAAGAUGAAACCAACUGUAAUAUACGUAUUGUUGCCUCCUUGCAUCAGAAUGCAGGGGGAAGACUUUCAUUUGUUUACAUUUUGCAGACCACAUGAAUGUCAAAUAAAAAAACCUGAUGAAAAUCCAAAUUUAAGAAAGAAAAGACAUACAAUGUUGAUGUUGUUGUUAUUACUACUAUUAUUAUUAUUAUUACUAUCAAAAGAGAAAAAAAACUUGUUGCAUUAGUGUUUCUGUUUCUGAUUUUUUUUUUUUUUUUUUUUACCUUACAUGCGGGAGACUGUCUGGUGUAUAGCUACUGUGUAUUAAUUGUGGACUGCAUUUUGCUCGCUGCCUGAGUCAUGAAUUCAAACUGUUCUUCGGGCUUGGAUAUUAAACAUUGUCUCCAGUGAGAGGCAUAUUUUAACUAUAAAUCCACACACAAUAAGAAUAUCAGGUAAAUGCCCUCAAUAUUAUGUUUUAAGUAUGUCCCGCUGCUAUAAUUGCAAUUCGUAUUAUUUUAAUGGGAUUUAAAUUGGAGCUGUAAAAGGAGUUGAGUGGCAGUUUGUAUCAAGUGACUCAGGCUGUAGCUAUAUAAAACGUGCUAGUUCCUGUUCUGCAGAGGGCAGACUGGGCUACCCUGCUAUGUGGCUUGUUGUCGACGCAUAAAGAGUUUUUUGCUGAAGCUUGAAAUUUAAAUUGUAUAUUUUUCUCUGCUUAUGAAAUGAAUAAAUAAAUAAUGGCCCUGA